AGGGAGGAAAGGAAGCGAGGCUGGCUGUGCUCUCUGCACCGCACCACUCUGUCCCUCAUUACCAUUCCAGACACUGCCUUCUCUGAGGAGAACCCUUCGCUCUGUUUGAAAUGCCAAUCACCGCUGGCUGUUCUUUCAUCCUCGAUCACACACACAGAAAGCGCGGGUGAGCGGGAGCCCCGCAGCCGCCGAGAGGAUUUCCCGCUCUUCUCCGACCGACCAAAGUUACUUUGAAAAAGAAAAAUUCACACGGAUAAUGCUGUUUAGGAUUGCAGGGUCUUGACUAGACUAUUUUUCCGUGUGUGAUCUCACCAGCAGACUAAUCAGUGCCAAGGGGGCAGGUUGGCAUCCUUUAAUCAGAGUGGUAAGGACUUUACUUCCUCUUUCCUUUUUAUUAUCCACAUUUCCUCUGGCAUCGGUCUGUAUCGCUCCAUCACAGCUGUGUGUCUCCUGAAACGGGCAAGAACCAGUCAGAGGAAGUUAAGGGUGAAGGGGGUGGACAUUAAUGCUUGUACUUUUUUGUGCUUACGAAUCGGAUCGUAACUGCUGGAUAUAGACUUUGUGCAAACCUGUGUAUAAAAGGAUUCCCGUAGACUGCGGAAAACAGAGCGAAUCAUGUUCAUGCUGAGAUGGCAGACAUCAGGCACGGGCACGUCUAUCCCGUCUGCCGGGGCCAGCAGCAAUCUGGGCAGUAUCUGCUGAGUUAAGCCCCCCACCCUGAGGAAAACUUCCUCCAUCCUCCUGUGCCCAUACACUUCUUUAACAAGAUGAACACAACUGAGCUGAACCAGAGCGCUGUGACCUUCUGCCUGCUGGACAUUAGCUACUCUCAGACCUUCAACACGUGCCUGCUGGAAGUCGUUGUCAUCCUCUUUCUCACCGUGCUCAUUAUCGCCGGUAACUUGGUUGUCAUCUUUGUGUUUCACUGCGCGCCUCUACUCAGCCACCAUACCACCAGCUCUUUCAUCCAGACAAUGGCGUAUGCUGACCUGCUGGUGGGAGUAAGCUGCCUCAUCCCAUCCCUGUCCUUGUUACACCACCUUAAAGGACUGGACGAGGAACUCACUUGCAAGGUGUUUGGUUACAUGGUGUGUGUGCUGAAGAGUGUCUCCAUGGCCUCGUUGGCUUGUGUUAGCGUGGACCGCUAUGUGGCCAUUACGCGGCCGCUGUCCUACGCGGCCUUGGUGACACCGUGCCGUCUCCGUGCCUGCAUUGCACUCAUUUGGGUCUACUCCUGUUUAAUCUUCCUGCCAUCUUUCUUUGGCUGGGGCAAGCCAGGGUAUCACGGUGAUGUCGUUGAGUGGUGCUCAUCGUCCUGGGCCACCCAGCCACUCUUUACUGCCUUCAUUGUAGCGGCGCUGUACGCACCCGCAGCCCUCACCGUGUGCUUCACGUACGCACACAUUUUCCGGAUAUGCCGACAACACACCCGACAAAUCAGCGAGCGGCGGGCGCGAUUUUGCCCGCAGCAGACCGAGCCCGGAGAGCCACCCGGACCUGACAAGCGUUACGCCACCGUGCUAUUUCGCAUCACCAGCGUGUUCUACCUGCUGUGGCUACCGUACAUCAUCUACUUUCUGCUAGAGAGCGCUGGAAUAUACCGCCAUCCCGCAGCCUCCUUUUUGACCACAUGGCUCGCGAUCAGCAACAGCUUCUGCAACUGCCUCAUUUACAGCUUGUCGAACAGCACUUUCCGUAAAGGCCUCAAACGCCUUUGUUUAAUCUGCAUAAAACGCAGAGACACGAAAAAAACCCCAGGAGUGCCAACAGCUCCUCCUCGUCCAGCGUGUCAUGUGUAGUGCCUAGUGUGGACCGGAGAGAGUGUUGCAUAUUGUGUGUCGCCGGCUUGUCUCGCUCAGUGGAAACAGGCUUGUGUUGGCAUCUGGAUGGCGUUCCCAGGUCUUGUCCCACAGUCUGGUUGUCUUCAUGACAAAUCCUUAAGGCAAAAGAGUCACCCGGCACCCUGAUCAUUCGUGUCCAAGGGGUAGUUAAGGCAGAUGUUUUGUGGAGCAUUAAAUAGAAAUUCUUUAUGCAAAACAUGACAAAGUCAGAGGAUGAAGAAAACAUGUCAUGACACUGAAAGUGUUAUGAUUAUUAUUAUUAUUAUUGGUAUUUAUCCAUGGAAAAAAAAAAAAAUUAUUUGUCAAGUCGUAGGAUCUCUUAAAUAAGCGCCAUUUAUAUAAAUGUAAUAACAUUCAACAUCCAUCUUAACCAGAGUGUGCUCCGGUUUGUUUUUGGGACAAGACAAACCUUAGACUAAUCAUGUGCCACAUUUCCUUGUUCUUUUCCGUUAUCUGGUUCUGUACCAACACACGUUUUUCAGAUUGUACAACUUUUGCCUCUGGUCACAGGACAAUUCUAAGAGUGAAUCAACAAACAAACAAACGAACCUUUCUGCCUGACCCCAGAUUGCACAAAGAUGCACUUUCUCAUAGGAAGACAUGGGACCUCAUGGAAUCAUUCCUGCUCUAGUUUUGUGUUUUUUAUAUAAAAAAAUAAAUAAAUAAAUAAAAAUAAUAAAUAAAUAAAUAAUCAACCAUAGGUGAAGCCAUUCUCAGAAGAUGAGCAGCUGAUGGUCCUUACUUCUGCUGACUUGCCAGAAUCGCAUCCCUGGAUUUGCAAUGAGUCAUUUAAUGUAAUGUUUCUUUAUACCAUACAGCAUUAGUGUAGCACAGCUGUCUUGGCAUGUUUGGUUUACUUUCCAAAAUGGAGAACUCUAACUAUCUUUAUUGUGUUAUUUAUCAAAAAAAAAAAGAAUAAAUAAAUAAUGCGUUGAUUAUGGAUCAUCACACCAUAAUAUAACACAAGCCAGAGAGCUGUGUCUCACAGUUAUACAGCAAAAAAAAAAAUUCAAUAAUUAUAACUCUGUAACAACAGAACUUUUUUUUUUGGCAAAAAUAUACCUUGUUGAAGAACACACAAAUACAAAGCAAAGCAAGCAAAAAAAGAAUCAAGAGAUUGAUUUAAAAAAAAAUGUACAUAGAAAAAAGGCUACAUGACUGUUUUAGCAAGUUUAGAUUAGUAUUUCCUCUUUAUUAUUAAUCUGGCCCUUUCUGUACAUAACUCGAUUUAUAUACGUGAAGGUGCCAAGAAAAAUGGAGGACACUGGAAUCCGCCUCCUUGUCGUCUUGUCUCGUCUUGUCUCGUUGGUAUAUCCCUGCUGUGAGCGUGAAGUUGGUCUGUUGUCACACUGGUCAGAACUUCAGCGGUACUGUUUUAUUGUAGAUAGCUUUUGUCUUCUAGAUGACCAAAGUGAAAUAUUUAACAGAUGUUUCCUUUUUUUAUUCUUUAAUUAUUAAAAAAAAACACCUAAUGAAUGAAAAUACUAUGUCUGAGAACAUGUAUGCAGUAGUUUUUCCUGUAUCGUGGGUUGCGUGCGCUUGGAAAGAAUCUAUUUAUUAUACCAUUGUCAUUAUACGAACGUGUGUGUCUUGAUGUUUUAUAUACAGUAGAACUGUGACAAAGAUAACUCUAGUUUUCUCGAGUAGCAGUCAGUUUUGACCAGCAGAGAUAUGAAAAAAAAAAUAUUUUUUUCAAGACUUUACUGCAUGUUCAUUUAGAUUCAAUUACAGAUUUACUUUUCUAACAAUAUUAUAAACUAUAUGAUAUAACAUUGAAGUUAUCUUUGUACUUAAAGAUCUCCGAGAUGUCGAUGUUGAGAGUGUUUUAAAGAUUAUAAACGUGGUUUUAGACUGUUUCUUAACUGCCAUGUUAGGGCAGGGUGCUGUGCAAUAUGUCUGUUCUUUGGAGGUUCUGAAGUAAAAUGGCAGAACCGCAUAUCGCAUACAAUAGACAGAGUUAAAAAAAAAAAGGGCUUUCUUUAUUUGUUCCACGUGUUCCAGUUGUGUGUUGAAACUACAGAUUACAAUCUGGUGGCUUCUAGCCAUGUGCUUGGAUGCAUUUGGACUGUAGCUGUAGUGUUCGAGUGAAAGUGAAGCGAGUUGAGCGUAACGUCUUAACUCCAGAACCAUCUUUAUUAUUAAGUGCACAUGACUUUGUGUUUCGUGUCAUUGUUUGUUAGUUACGCCGAGCAACCAAACUACGGCGCAAAGAGCUCGUUCAGAUUUUAUUCAUUUAAUUAUUUCAGACUUUAAAACCAGAGUCAAAACUGUACUUGGAAUACACUUUUUAAAAAAGGACUGAUUUCAGGAAAAGGUUCAGGUGGCUUUUGUAUUAUUUUUGAAUUCUUAUAUUGUUCGUCAUGUCAUUUCUUGGAAAAACUUUCAAUUAUUAAAGUUGGUUGGAACAUAACAUUAAAACUACAGUCAUAUUACGAUGCUUAUACAAUUCAAAGGUACCUUUAUGUAAUAUCUACAAAAAUGAAAAUGUAAUGAGUAAAUAGUAAAAAUAAUUUAGAAAACAAAAGUUUAGAAUUUAACAGCACCAGAUUCAGGACUAAACUGUGACAUUGAAUUAAAAAUCUAAAAUUUUAAUUGUUAAAAAAAAAAAUUAAAUUAUACAUAUUGUGAUAUCGAUAUUAUCUUUUCAGGUUUUGAAUUAAGUUGAAUUAAAUUAACAGAAAAUAUCUUAAACAACCAAAUUCACAAAAUACUUCGUGUUAAAAUUUUACGUUUAAAGUUUUUCAUACUCAAAAUAAUUUUUCACAUAUUUCACUUAAUUUUAAAUUUGUUAAAAUUGUAUUUAAACCUUAUACAAAUUCCUUUAAACCUUGAUUUUUUCCUGAAUUCAUUGGUAAAUAUUUAAAUUCUUUAUAGAAAGAAAUUUUAGCAGUAUGAAAGUAAAGAAAGACAGAUAUAAGUUUUAAAGGAGUUGUUACUUCAUAAUAAGAGAACGAUUGAAAAUGUUUGUGUGCAUACAGUAUUUCCACUGAUCAAAAUGUUUGCUAAUCUGUUUAUUUUUAUUUUAAAAUGAACAUCUCAUUUAUGAUAUGAUCUAAAAAAAGGAAAUUUUCAAGAUUUAAUAGAUUACAUCUUAAGUUAUUAGUGAAACUAGGUAUAGACUUUAAAUAAUUAUAUAAAAAUAUAAUAUGAACGUGGUUCAAAAGUGAGAAAAUUAACGAUUUUACACCAAUUGUUUGUAUUUCAGUUCUAAAACAAAUAGCUCUUAACUUUUUGCAGUUGAGGAUUUAAUUUGUUUAAAGCAAAAAAGUGGAAGAGGAUGAAGAUGACGUAGAAAUAUGGUUGUGUUACUACAGACUCGAGAUUUAUCUGUAAUGGUUAACUUUUAUUGCGACAAGUUUUAUAAGAUUCUGUCAGGACAAGUAGCCGUUUUAAGAUUUUGCUAAGUUUUGAUGUUCUAACUAGCAAACUGGUUAAAAUUCUAGCAGACGGACUUUUCAUCUGAAACUUUAAUUUAUUUAGAAUUUUGCAUGUCAUGUCAUGACCAAGCAUUUGUACUAUUUAAUACACUGAUGCACUGAUACUAGUUUACCGUGCUGAUGAUAGUUAUGAUAAUACAUUUCUGCUAUUUAUAAAUCAAAAGAUUUGUAUGUGAAACAGUUAAAUUCUUUUUUUUAAUUUUGUGAUGUGUUCUUCCUGGAUGAUGAUUGGCUCGCAGAAUGAAUUUUAUCAAAUCAAGGUUAUAAGUAAGUUACAUAAGAAAAAUAAGUUUUAUAUAGGUUAUCUUAAACAAAAUGCCAAAUUGAAGCAUCGUUGUUAUCUGUACGUUUUUUUUUUUUUUUUUUUUUUUGCUGUCCUUCCAAGUUUUAUAUAUUUUUUAUUUCAUUUUAAAUUUCAUUCAUUUUUUUCCCUUGAUGGACAAGGCAGUGGAUGUUAGACUAUCCAGUGUCGAGACGUCUGCUCCGGAGGAAUUUAGGCAAAAGUUUUCAGCAUUGAUGUCAUUUUUUUAUUUUUUACGUUUUGAUGCCAGCGUUCUUGAGUUCCCAUUUUGUUUUUUGUUCUCUCUCUAAUGCCAAAGAUUUUUUUUCUUUCCUGUGGGAAAACCACUCUGUUCUCGCAAUCAAAGUCAAGGGCUAGUCGUCUCCAGGGAGGCUCCCGCUCUCCCAUGCUGCCGUGCCGUAUUAGGACGUGGGACUUCGCUUAGGCUCGGUCUGGAGCUGUGUGUGUGUGUGUGUGUUUCCCCUGCAAUAAAAACACACAUUCUUUAUCUUUACAUCUGAUGUGAAGUGCUUAGAGUACCAUCCGAUCAGUCCUUUCCUAAAAGUGUAUUCCUCCUGUAGUCCCCCCCCCCCCCAUACAAAAAAUUACGUUAUAACACACACACACUCACAGUGUGUAGUCGGGUGUGUGUUAGCUGCUCUACUGUACCUUUUGUUUUUAUUUUGUAAUGAUGUCAUGUAUGUAUGUUUUAGCAUAAUUGUUGAUGAGAUUUAUACUCUGGUAUAUCUGCACUGAGGAAAUAAAUGUGAUCCUGA